AUGGCGUAUCAUUUUAGUGCUAAUCAGUUCGAGAAAGCUUACAGCGCAAAACGUCUAUGCAAUUGGGAGCUGCCAAAGUGGUAUCCACCGCGUCCGCGUACACAUAAGGGACCUACGAAGGCAAUCGCCAACAAAAGCGGGCAUCUAUUGCAGGAUACUGUACGUUCGGACACAAAUCCUUGGGGCUACUUCCGCAGCACUUUUGAGCUACCUCGUAAAAUAACGCGCAAAUUUGCCGACGAGUACAACGAGUGUCUAAUUAGAAAACACAAAUGGCGCAAUUUCCCGCGUAAGAAACCUGUUUGUGAGAAAAAAGAUGAGCCACCGAAAUGUGAAGACAAAUGCGAAACCAUCAGACGUAUCUUCAGUGCAGGUGAGCAAGGCAUUGGAAAGUGCGCCAAAGGUAAACAGAAAAAGGUGAGCAUGGAAUAAUUUUGUUUAUUUUUAUUGUUUUAAUUUUUUAUUAAACAU